AUGGCCUCUCCCAAGACGGUCCGCUGGGGCAUUCUGGCAACGGGCGGCAUCGCCAAAACAUUCACAAAGGACCUGCUCGUCGACCCCGCCACGCGCGGCGUGCAGCACCUCAGGCACACGGUCGUCGCGGCUGCCUCCUCGUCGUCCGUGUCGCGCGCCCAGGACUUCCUCAACGACACGGGCGCCCCGGCCGAUGCGAAGGCGUAUGGCUCGUACCAGGAGCUGGUCAGCGACCCCAAUGUCGACAUCGUCUACAUUGCGACGCCCCACUCGCACCACUACCAGAAUGCCAUGCUCGCCCUCGAGGCCGGCAAGCCCGUGCUGUGUGAGAAGGCCUUCACGGUGAACGCCGAGCAGCUGCGCAAGCUGGCCGACAAGGCCAAGGAGAAGGAGCUCUUCCUUAUGGAGGCCGUGUGGACGCGCUACUUCCCGCUCUCCAUCUACGUGCGCGAACAGAUCACCUCUGGCCGCAUCGGCCCCGUUGCUCGUGUCUUCGCCGACAACAGUAUGGCCUGCGACCCGGAGGUGCAGUGGAAGGACGGCACCAAUCGCAUGGUCAACCCAGAGCUUGCUGGUGGCGCUCUGCUCGAUCUCGGCAUCUACAGCCUAACCUGGGUCUUCCAGACGCUCUACCACACGCAACCCGCCGAUGCCCGCAAGCCUCCAAAGGUCCUCGCCGCUAUGAAGAACUACGCUCCCACAAAGCAAGCGGACGAGACUACCACCAUCGUGCUGAGCUUCCCGCGCUCCCACCAGGCUGGCGGUGACGCUCAUGCCAUCGCGACUACCUCACUUCGUGUCGCCACUUCUCCGGCAGGAAACCAGGACGUUCCUGGCAUCCGCAUCCAAGGCCCCGGCGGCGAGAUCCAAGUGUUCCCGCCUGCCUUCCGUCCUACCCGCACCCGUAUCGUUCUCCAAGACGGCACCGUUGAAGACAAGGAUUGGCCGCAGCCCGGACCAGGCGAAGGAAGCGGUUGGCGGAACGGUUUCGGAGCAACCACAAACGCUGAGGGUGAAGGUCACGGUAUGUUUUGGGAGGCAGACGAGGCUGCCGAUGCCGUCAUCAACGGCCGGAAAGAAGGCAGAUACGAAGGUCUCGACGAGAGUAUUCUUAUCAUGGAGGUCAUGGAUGAGGCUAGAAAGCAGGGUGGUCUCACAUACCCCGACAAGAUUGAGACCACCAAGUACCCAACGCAGCUCUGA